CAUAGACACAAAUACAACACAUCCUCAAAGUUUUUGUUUCAUACAACAAAAUCUGUGGUGUGGGUCCCUCUAUCUAGCUAUCCUCAACUGUCAUGUACUAUGACUAUUCUUCGUGUCGCCCAACAACAUUGUAAAGUGUGGGUAAGAAGAAUUUAAUGGAAUUUGGAUGCUCUGCAAGUUUAAUUUGUGUAGCAGAAUUGUUGGAGGAGAUAAAUGCGCCAUUUAUUGCAGGCAUGGAUUCAGUUGUGCAGAAGUAACGAGUCUUGCUUGUUGCUUGAAUUGUUGAAUGUGGAAUUUGGAUUUGAGAGUGUUUAAGGAUAUAUUUUCUUUCUGUCUUAUCAAACUUUUUCAUCACGUUUGAUCAUUGACUAUGUUUUUCAUUGGAAGAAGGGAGAAUCAAUGAGCUGUGUGUGAUUCUUUGACUCGUUGUAAAUUGUAAAAGCGAGGCCUUAUUGUUAUCUCAGUUGGCCUUUUCUUUCUGGCAAGAGUAGAUAACUGUGAUUUUAAGCAUUCUCUCUGGAAAUUCACAGUUCAGAUAGUUAAGGCAUUUGGGAACAACGCAUUGAUACCUUUCCCUCCAAAGGAAGCUAAAACUUCGUGAGCUUCACUCAAUUGGGAACUUGGGGGACUGAAACAGGAAUUCCUAAAUGCUUCCUGAGUGGACUCUUCAGGCUUCAUCUUCGUAUUUUGUUCCUUCACCAUAUUGAGUCAACAAGGCUCAGCAUAUGAGGUUGCACAAUCUUGCCUAUGAAUUUUUUUUCAUGACUAUGACAAAGUAAGGCCAAGACUAUCUCAGCACCCUUAGAUAAAGGAAAAGAGAAGGAAGUUAACUGUGCCCAAUCAUCAUGGCAAAGAAGUCCCAAAGACGCUCUGUGCGGUAUGAGAAAGAUAAAUCAGGCUGCAUGUGGGGUUUUAUUAGUAUGUUUGAUUUUCGCAACGGUCACUCCACUAGGAAGAUGAUUGCAGAUAAGAGGCGAAGCAGCAAGCAUGCUGUUGGUGUUGCACAUUCUAAGAACAAGUUUGAGAUGUUGAGCAAUUUGGAUGAAGUUUGUCAAGGAAGUUCUGACAGUGGAGAGAGUAGAAGACACACAGUUGGAACUGCUGCUAAUAAGCCUAGUGUGAAGAAACUCAUCGAAGAAGAGAUGUUCAUUGACCAGAAUGCCAUGAAGGAUACAUAUAGUGCUCAAAUGGAAUCAAAGGAAUCUACAUUAAGGCGUGAAGUCCUUUUGAAGUUAGAUUCCAAAAGAAAAAAGAAAUCUUACAAGAAAAACUGUGAUAAGGAUACCAAAGAUUUAAAUUUGGAUGCAACCUUGAAAUCUGAAGUCACACAUAAUCAGCACUCGAGGAAGCAAUCUAAAGAUAAUCUUGAUCUGGAUAAAAUGAUUGAAGAGUUUUGUCAUCUAAGAGAUGCUUGUUCCAUGAUGCAUGGCAAUGAUGGAGAAGAAGUUGGUGCACAAUCAAACCAGAAGCAAGCUAUUUCUGAAAGUUCAAGAGUUGCAAUUCGUGAAUUUGUGAAUCAGAUGAUAAUAAAUGGCAAAGAUCCAGCCGAAGCCAGAAAAUUCCUUUGCUCCCAUCAACUUAUCGAAGCUAUCCAACUUAUAAGUUCAGAUAAGGAAUUGUUUCUUUCACUUCUACAACACCCAAAUUCUCUUUUAUUGAAAUGUGUUCAAGAGUUUAGGAAUUCCCAGGGAACAAAUGAAAAUGAUUAUGGUUGUGUCACUGGUUCCAUCUUCUCUGAAAAAGAUCAUGGCAACAUGGAACAUAAUAGGGAGACUGUCAGCCACAAGAAGCAUAACUUUUUCAGAAAAAAGAUCAAGUCUCAGUCAAAAGGUUCAGAAAAUGAAGAUGGGGAUACUAAUUUGUCAAGUAGAAUUGUUAUUCUGAAGCCUGGGCAGAUGAGCUUGCAAAAUUCAGAAACUGGAAACAACCUAAGCUCAUCCCAAGAUUCUCAUGAUGCUGUCAGAUACAAUGGCCCUUCUGUGAGAGUUAGUUCACAUUUUUCCCUUACAGAGAUAAAAAAUAAAUUAAAGCAUGCUAUGGGAAGGGAGAGACAUGGAAACCCUGAAGGGAUCUCAAAGAGACACCCUGCUGCUGAAUGUCAAAAUAAUAGGCCUAGCAGCAAAGCCAUUGGUAAAGACAAUGUUGGAAUGAGAUCUCCCAACAAAGAUCACUUCUUCAUUGAAAAAAUUGCAAGACCUACCACUGGUGUUAUGAAAGGAGACAAGACUGGUACAACUAAAGAUUCUGAAUUGAUUGUGGAACACGAAAAUGGUACUUAUCCAAAACAAAGGAUUUCUAACUUGUAUAUUGAGGCUAAGAAACAUCUUUGUGAGAUUGUAGGUAAUGGAGAUGAGAAAAUAGACUUGUCAAGUAGGCAGAUUUCCAGAACCCUUGGGAAAAUACUAUCUCUUCCUGAGUAUAGCUUUUCUCCCCUUGGCAGCCCUGGAAGGGAUUGGGAGCAUCAUUUUGUGACAGCACAAAAAAGAUUUUCCAGUUCAGAUAAAAUUUGGGAAGAUGAUAAGGAUAACGUGUCUUCCAAACAAGGAACUUUUGUUGGUGAUUUGGAUCAGGAAAUGGACCAUUCAGAGAAGCAUUCAAGCAUUUGUGAUGAAAGCUCUAAUAAUAAAGUACAAGAAAUUAAAUCAGACACCAAUUUCUCUGACAAUGUUGAUAAAGCAGAAAAUAUUUGUCCUAUUGGCGAUGAGAUAGUUACCGAAGAUGAUAUAGAAUCUGCAAAAGAGGUGAAUGUCUUAGAAUCUACCUCAGAACCAGUUGGUGUCAGUGCAGGAAAGGAGGACCAAAACUAUGAUGUCUCAGACAUUUCUGAUUGUGAAAAAUGUUCUCAAUGUUCAAAGCAGGCUGUAAAAGAAGAAAGCAAGCCAACAUCUCCACUGUCAUCCCCCUCUCAUUCUUCCACCACUAAGAAAAUUGAAGAGCUAGAAAGUGCUACAGAGGUGUCUGGGCGACCAAGUCCCGUAUCUGUUCUUGACACACCAUUCUUAGAGGAUGAUGUCAACCCUGACUACUCCAGAUUUCAACCUGUUGAAGUACCAGCACGUCCACUGCAAUUCGAAGAACAAUAUUCUGCACCUUUGAAUCAAAUCAACAGAGAAAAACAUUGUCUUCAAGAAAAUGAAUUGAUAUAUGAUUACAUCAAAGCAGCGCUGCAAGCCUCUGGAUUGACUAUAGAUCAAUUGUUGAUGAAAUGCCUUUCCUCAGACAAGAUACUAGAUCCUUCCUUGUUUGAUCAGGUAGAGUUCUUACCAAACCAGCCUUGCCAUGAUCAGAAGCUCAUAUAUGACUGCAUCAAUGAAGUUCUCACGGGGGUUUGUCAAAAUUACUUUGGCGUCUCACCUUGCGUGUCAUUUGCAAGUCCUGGCAUAAGGCCUACUCCGAAUAUGAAGAAGGUCAUUGUCAAGGUCUGGGAAGGAGUGUGCUGGGAUUUCCUUCCCUUGCCCCCGCCACGUACCUUGGACAAAAUUGUCAAGAAAGACAUGGAUAAAAAUGGGGCAUGGAUGGACCUUAGACAUGAAGCUGAAACAAUUGGUUCUGAAAUAGGGGAAGCCAUUCUUGAAGAUCUGAUGGAAGAUGCAAUACUAAGCUGUGUAAGCAAAAGUCCAGAAAGUGAAUGUUCUCAUCUUCAAAUUGAAUACAGGGACAAUGAAAACAGCAAAAAUGUGUAAAAGACAACUCACUACUUUUUGUUCAUGGUCACAUCUCAAAUUCCUUUAUGAGAUGUGGAAGGGAGGCAAAGAAUACUGGGGAAUUGUAGGCUUUUUUAAAGCAUAUUUGGUAGCAUAACAUUUCUCUUUGGUCAUGUCUGACUUCUCCAGUGUUAAAUAAUUUCAUGGCCUGAAGGAGAUUAAUUAUGGUGUUUAGGCUUUAUAGUUCAUGGUGAGUGAGGAUACUUAGAUAAGGGACCACAAGUCACUAUAAGUAAAUAAGAAGCCAGUUGCAACUGCUUCUUGCUAAAGUACAAACGAUGCUUGUCUUGUUUACAACGACAAAAGUUAACAGUUUUAUUCUGUGUGUGCUUCACUUCACCCGGUAAGGGCCAACGGUAUUUAGUUCUAGAUUUGUAAAGUUUGAUAUGCUGAUCAUAUUAGCUGGUGUUUUUAAUAUCAUCAUCAUCAUUACUUCUUUGUAAAUUAGUCUUUCUUUUUUGGUUAAUCUAUAUUUGAAUGUACAAGUUUGGAGAUAAUGUAGUGUGAACUAAGCUUAUUGAAGUUUACAAGGG